CGAGUGUUCAUGUGACUUGAUAAAACCUCACGGUCAUUUCUAUUUGCACUCCUUACGAUUCCUUUUCCCCGCCUUUCCAACCCCGCAAAAUGCAGCCACUCUGCUGUUCCUGGAAACUUGGUUUUCGAUGGCUGCCAAGCGAUAAGGACAAGGACGCCAACACACCAAAAAGGUAAUCUUAGCAAUUUCCUUCUCUCGUUCUCCAUACUCUCCAUGCAGGAGAAAUAAUCGGAAAAAAGCCAAGCAAGAAUCAAGAAGCAGGAAGCGGGAAGCACGUCAUCACCUGUAUACUUUAAACAUUCAAUUGAUCAUCGUUGCUUCCGAGUAAUGAUAUCUAGACCUUCAUUCAACUUCUUCUCUGCUAUAGAUUUAGAAUUGUCUCAUUUAGUCUAAAGCUCAGAUCUACAAAUCUGAAUUUUCAACAUGGCACCUUCCAUUCUUUGCCUCUUAGGAAGCAUAUGGCUAUUCUCUUUAGCUGUACUUGCUGCCACCGACUUUUCCAUCAGUGCCGGACUAUCAACUUGGAAUCAAAGUGAUUGGUCCUUGACUACCACUACAUUCAUUCCAGGUCACUAUCAAUCGCGAUUGUCACUUGCAAAUGGGUACACUGGUGCUUCUCUUGCAGCAGCAGGUAUGGCGGACCAUUUUUGAAUUUGGAAUACAUCAUGCAUAAUAUCAGUACUAAUUCAUAAAUAUUGAGCAGGUCCAUUCUUUGAGAAAGAUGUGAAUCAAACAGAUCCAAAUGGUACAUCGCCUUCCAAUGGAUGGCCAUUGUUCAGUGAUAGAAUUUCGUUUGCCACUAUUUCUGGAUUUUACGACGUAGAAUCUCCGCAAAUACCCCCUCAAGGUACAAAUUAUCCUUGGUUAAAUCAGUAUGGCUGGGAAUCUUUCAUUAGUGGAAUCCCACAUCCCACCGCUAUACUAUUCUCCUUUGGAUCUGAUUUUCUAGAUGCCACGGUUAGCAGUACCUCAAUUACGAACUUUUCUUCCAAGAUUUCAUUUCAGACUGGUUUGGCAGAAUGGGACUAUACAUGGUCGCCAGCUCAGAAUUCUACUUUUAAUGUCUCAUAUGCUGCAUUUUUCAGUAGAGAAAGGCCUAAUGUUGUGGCCGUGAAGGCUACUAUCGUUUCCUCCGCCGACGUUGAUGGGCAGGUUACAGAUUUGCUGGACGGUCGGAGCGCCGUUCGGUCGACUCUAUCAUCCAAAGGAUUAGAUGAUAAUGGAACUACCAUUUAUUCGGCAGUGCACCCUAAUAAUCUUCCGGAUAUCACUGGAUUUGUUAUCUCCGGUGUCAACUUCUCAAACAGCUACACAAACUCUUCGUCGAGAACUAAUGCCAGUGGAACCUACAUAAGCUCUACAAACGAUAUAACUAUCGGUCAAUCUUUCGACAUCAACUUAAAAGCUGGAGAAAUUGCUAGCUUUUAUAAAUUUGUUGGAAUUGCCUCAACAGACAAAUUUUCGAACCCUGAAAGUGUAGCUCGAGAAGCUCAAAGGUCAGCACAAGAUGCCGGAUGGGAUUACCUUUUAGCGGAACAUGUUGCCGCUUGGGCCAAAAUUUUGACACCAGAUUCCGUGGAUGACUUUACGGAUCCAGUCACCGGGGAGUUACCAGAGGAUCCCAAUGUUCAAGCGCUUCAUAUCGCUUCAGUUGCAAACACCUACUAUCUCCUCCAGAAUCUACAACCCGAGGGCAGCGGGUUGAAUGACAACAGUAUUUCCGUCGGAGGACUAUAUUCUGAUUCAUAUGCUGGAUUAGUUUUCUGGGAUGCUGAUUAUUGGAUGGCACCUGGUCUCAAUCUGGCAUUUCCAGAAUGGAGCAAGCAAAUCAGCAAUUUCCGCGUCAAGCAGCAUAAUCAAUCCUUAGCGAAUGCAGCAUUCAACAACUAUCCAAAUGGAAGCUCACUUUACUCCUGGACAAGUGGGAGAUAUGGAAACUGUACCGGCACGGGUCCUUGUGUAGAUUACCAAUAUCAUCUCAAUUAUGAUAUUUCAUUCAACUUAAUACAGGAAUACAACAUCACAAACAACAAGACUUGGUUCAAUAAUGGACCUAGACAGAUUAUAGAGAGUACAGCCAUUAUGACAGAGCAUUUACUAGAAUUCAACGAAACGACACAAACAUACUGGGUUCACAAUAUGACGGAUCCAGAUGAGUAUGCCAACAACAUAGACAAUGGAGCAUUUACGAUGGCCUCGGCUGCAACUUUAUUGGAAUUAGUAAACAGUUUGAGAAUUUCUGAGGGUUUGGAGGUCAAUUCAACAUGGCAACAGCAGCAACAGAAUAUCGAAUUUCCAUCUGCACCUUCUAAUAUCACGUUGGAGUAUCAAACAAUGAACAAUAGUGCAGCGGUCAAACAAGCUGAUGUCGUUUUGUUGAAUUACCCCUUGGAUUUCAAUCAGAAUUAUACGGAGGCGGAUAAACUUCUGGAUUUAGAUUAUGUAAGUCUCCCUCAUUUUAUGAAUAUCCACUGAACUAACAAAUCAAAGUAUGCAAAUAGACAAUCACCCGAUGGACCUGCCAUGACUUAUUCUAUCUUCGCUGUUGGCGCAAACGCUUUGUCUCCAUCCGGAUGUUCCGCAUAUACAUACACUCUAAAUGGUUUCCUCCCAUACCUUCGAGGACCAUGGUAUCAAUUUUCUGAGCAAGUCAUUGAUAAUGUUACACUGAAUGGAGGCACAAAUCCAGCAUUCCCAUUCUUGACUGGUCAUGGAGGAGCUGACCAAAUUGUACCAUUCGGCUAUCUGGGCAUUCGAACAGAUCAACCAAGUCUAUUUCUCAACCCUUCACUUCCCCCUCAAAUUUCCCACAUCAAAGUUCGCACUUUCCACUAUGCAGGGGCAACUCUUUCAGCAACCAUGAAUACCACACAUACAAACGUUACCCGUUUUCCCUCCAUAACUCUGAACGAUCUCUACCAAAACACCACUCUCCCUUUCGUAGUCGGAAUUCCAGGUCCCGACACCUCAAACACAACAUCCUACAAUAUCGCUAUAAACCAAACACUCACCAUUCCAAACCGUCUCUACUUCCAAAACUUAACGAUCAACAAUAAUCUCCUUCAAUGUUUGCCCGUUACAUCCAAUGAUACAUUUUCGGCGGGUCAAUUCCCCGUCGCAGCAAUCGACGGCGCAUCAUCAACCUCCUGGCAACCCUCUACAAACGAAUCUUCCUCCCUCCUCAUAAACACCACUUCUAUCCCUCCCUCGCCUGUCCGAAACAUCUACUUUAACUGGGGCCUCCGACCACCUCUCCGCGCCUCCAUCAUCUUCGGCAACGAAACCACAGGCGAAGGACAAAUUUAUGGCAAUGAAUGGACCAUUAAUAUUGAAGAUAUUUUCCCGAGUUUGCCUUAUACAACGAGUGAGAGUAAUGGUAAUGUGACACAAACCCAAACUGCAAAUACGGAAAAUGUAGUUCCGGUUGUGGGGAAUGAAACGAGAUUGGUGGUUGAUGGUGGCGCUUGGAGUGGGAAUUUUGUUAGGUUGGUUGUGGAGGGAUGUUGGGAGGAGGAUAGAGUGGGAGCGACAGUGGGGGAGUUUGUUGUUAUUGGUGAUAGGGGAGUGUAGGUUAGUGGGUGAGAUACUUUAAUAAAUAA